GGUUGAAAUUAAUGAGCCACAUAACUAUCAGAUAAGUGAAUUGAUUGGCGCAGAGAAUCAGAAGUGACCACUGUUCAAUUAUGUACAACUUGUAGGUACACAACUUCAUCCCACCUCCAGCGCUUUUUGGGCUUUUAUUCCAUUUUAUUUUAUACAUGAACAACAACCAACCGACAUAAUAGUCACGACAAUCACCAAAGCUUUAAUUCGACGGUUCUAUAAUAAUAUUUACACCAUCGACCGAAAUUCCAUGCCACAAUAAUAUCAAUCGGCUUGUGAUCAACUACCCGACCCUACCCUCCACACCUCAGACGAACCAUCGCACUCCCGAGCUCAAUCAAUUCACGGUAUUAGAUCUGCCGGUAAAAUGAGGCUGGACGUGAAGCGGCAGCUCUUCGCGCGCAGCGAGCGUGUUAAAGGCAUCGACUGCCACCCUCAAGAACCAUGGAUCUUGACUACAUUAUACAGCGGUCACGUUUAUAUCUGGUCAUAUGAAACACAACAAAUCGUCAAGACCUUCGAACUCACCGAUGUUCCCGUCCGAGCUGGUCGAUUCGUUGCCCGGAAAAAUUGGAUUGUCUGCGGCUCAGAUGACUUCCAGCUCAGAGUAUAUAACUACAAUACCUCAGAGAAGAUUACCUCAUUCGAGGCGCAUCCCGAUUACAUUCGCGCCAUAGCUGUCCAUCCCACCCAGCCCUUCGUCUUGACGGCGUCUGAUGACAUGACUAUUAAGCUGUGGGAUUGGGAGAAAGGAUGGAAGUGUGUUCAAGUAUUUGAGGGUCACAGUCACUACGUGAUGGGGCUAGCCAUCAACCCCAAAGACACCAACACCUUCGCCUCGGCAUGCUUAGAUAGGACCGUCAAAAUCUGGAGCUUGGGUUCCUCCACCGCCAAUUUCACUCUCGAGGCGCAUGAGACCAAGGGCGUAAACCACGUCGACUAUUACCCACACUCCGACAAGCCUUACCUUCUUACCACAUCUGACGAUAGGACCGUUAAGGUUUGGGACUACACCACCAAGAGUCUCAUCGCGAGCCUAGAGGGCCACACGAACAACGUGUCAUUCGCCUGUUACCACCCCGAGCUGCCAGUUAUCAUUUCCGGAUCCGAGGAUGGUACCAUUCGGAUAUGGCAUGCCAAUACUUACCGCUUCGAACAGUCUCUCAACUAUGGUCUAGAGCGUGCCUGGUGUAUUGCCUACCAACGCGGCAAACAAGGGGUCGCAGUUGGAUUCGACGAUGGAGCGGUGGUAGUGAAGCUAGGACGAGAAGAGCCCGCUGUAUCUAUGGAUAGCUCUGGCAAGCUGAUCUGGGCCCGUCAUAACGAAGUUGUUUCUUCUAUAAUCAAGGGGGGCGAUGCUUCAAUCAAGGACAACGAGCCCAUCACUCUCCCUACCAAAGAGCUUGGUACAUGCGAAGUGUACCCCCAGACCCUCAUACAUUCCCCGAACGGCCGAUUUGUUGCUGUCUGUGGUGAUGGAGAGUACAUUAUAUACACAGCGUUGGCGUGGCGCAACAAGGCAUUCGGUUCUGCGCUAGAUUUUGUGUGGGCGUCUAAGGAUAACAGCAACGAUUUUGCCAUUCGCGAGUCCGCAACAACUGUCAAGGUCUACAAGAACUUUGUCGAAAAGACAGGCGGCUUAGACAUUCCUUUCCAGGCUGAUGGCUUGACGGGCGGUGUCUUACUCGGUGUGAAGGGUCAAGGCGGCGUGUCUUUCUACGAUUGGGCUACCGGUGGCCUAGUUAGACGAAUCGAGGUUGAACCGAAACAGGUGUAUUGGUCGGAUAGCGGCGAGCUUGUGACCCUAGCUUGCGAAGAUACCUUCUACGUCUUGAGAUUUUCUCGCGAGAGCUACAUUGAAGCUAGCCAGUCUGGUGAAGUCGACGAGGAUGGCGUUGAAGCCGCGUUUGAGAUUAUCACUGAUAUUGCUGAGAGCGUACGGACAGGCCAAUGGGUAGGGGAUUGCUUCAUUUACACUAACAGCACGAACCGACUAAAUUAUCUUGUCGGCGACCAAAUCUAUACCAUCUCCCAUUUCGACCAGCCCAUGUACGUACUUGGCUACAUUCAAAGGGACUCUCGGAUAUACCUUGCCGACAAGGAUGUAAACAUCACGAGCUUUGCUCUCUCUCUUCCCGUGUUAGAGUACCAAACAUUAGUUCUCCGCGAUGACAUGGAAACGGCUGCCGAGUUGCUCACCAGUAUUCCGACAGAUCAACUCAAUAAGAUAGCUAGGUUCCUUGAAGGACAAGGACACAAGGAAUUGGCGCUGGAAGUUGCCACUGACCCGGAGCACAAAUUCGAUUUAUCAUUGGCACUAAACCAACUUGACAUCGCCAUUGGCCUCGCACGGGAGGCUGACAAUGAUCACAAGUGGAAGACAGUGGGCGACGCGGCGCUUUCGGCAUGGGAUGUCCCCCUUGCAACGGAGUGUUUUACCCAUGCCCGGGAUUUGGGUUCAUUACUCUUAAUUUACUCCAGCACGUCGGACAAAGCUGGCUUGGAAGCAUUGUCAGCACAGGCGGAAGAGUCCGGUGCGCAUAAUGUUGCAUUCACAUCUAGGUGGCUACUAGGUGAUGUUGCGGGCUGUGUGGAAGUCCUAACCAAGACCAACAGGUUGGCCGAGGCAGUCUUAUUCUCACAGACGUACAAGCCUAGUCUAACCGUGGAGACGGUGAAAGCGUGGAAGGAGAGCCUAGAAAAGAACAAAAAGGGCCGUGUAGCAAAGAUGAUUGGUGUUCCAACCGAAGACGACGAACUCUUCCCAGAGUGGGAUGAGUGGCUGCGACUAGAAAGCCAAGGCGGCAUCACCAACGGAGAUGUAAAUGGUGAAGCGGAAGCAGAAGCGGAGGACGAAGAGGAGGAGGAGGAGGAGGAUGAUGAGGAGGAGGAGGAAGAUGAGUCCGAGGCGGAAGAGUAGUGUAUAGGUUCACUCACCUCGACACGAGGGACGAUGAUGAUAAAAUAAAGGGGCUUUUUUUCUACGAAUGAUCAUCAAAUGCAAGCAAAACCAAUGCCUCCGUCGGGCUAGGUAGUAGAAAAAACGGGCAGAUUCCAGACAUAGGUAGUAGCCUACCUAGUAAUUAAGAAUUAUGAUGAGGCUGCGGAUAAAAUACCUAAAAGUUAUUUUUUUUCUUUUCUAUAUCACGAAUUUAAUUCACCUAGCCUACAUACUGUAGCUGAUCAGUAGUAAGUAUGUACAUAAGUAGGGUUAGUUAAAUCUCCAUGUGUUGCGCCUGUUCUGUCAUCUACCUACUGUACCUACUGCUACAUACCUACCUAGGUAUAUAAGGCUGG